AUGUUGGAAAAGCAUCGUGAUCGUCUUGAUUUGCUACCGUUCUAUGCACGUCUGGUGGCCACACUGGAGCCUGUAAUGCCAGAUCUGGCUCUUGAACUAUCGCAUGCACUCAUCCAGCAGUUUAGGCUCACUGUUCAAAACCGUUCGAGAUUACGCGUUGAUUGGAAAGUCCGCUGUUGUAGAUUCAUCUCUGAGUUGGUCAAGUUCGGAAUAGUGCCGAAAGCAGAAGCAUUGUCGUGUUUGCGGAUGGUACUGUUCGAUUUUCGUGGCCAUAACGUCGAUAUGUGCUGCGCGAUGGUUGAUUCGAUGGGUCAGUUUUUGUAUAGAUCAACGGAUAGUCACGGUAAAAUGAAGAUUCUGCUGGAAGUGAUGAUGAAGAAACGAAGUCGACUNAAAUGGCAGUCAACAAUGUUAAUCGACAAUGCUUAUUAUACGUGUAUACCACCGGAAAAUGCACAAUCAGCACCAUCCACUAAUCCUCCUGUGCACGAUUUCAUAAGACAUAUGAUUGUGGCGUUAACGCGUUUCCGUGUUGAUAUCACCGUUCGGUGUUUGAGGAAAAUCGACUGGAGUGAUCCUGAAACUGCA